CGGCCCGCCGCCCUCCUCUGCCGCCGCGCAGGCGCCGCUCCGCCGCUGCCCGGGCUGUGGCCGCGGCCGUGGCCCGGCGGGCUGCGGCGGGCAGCAUGCGGCAGUCCCUGACUCAGCAGCGGCCGGGCGGCAUCGCCCUGCCCGACUCCGUGGGGUCGUUCAAUAGAAGAAAAAGAAAUUCCCUCUACGUAACUGUGACUCUCCUCAUUGUGUCAGUAUUAAUUCUAACGGUGGGCCUAGCUGCUACAACAAGAACCCAAAAUGUGACUGUUGGAGGUUAUUACCCAGGGGUUAUUCUUGGUUUUGGGUCAUUUCUUGGAAUAAUUGGAUCAAACUUGAUAGAAAACAAAAGACAAAUGCUGGUUGCAUCGAUCGUCUUCAUCAGCUUUGGCGUCAUUGCUGCAUUCUGCUGUGCCAUAGUAGAUGGUGUCUUUGCUGCGAGACAUAUAGACCUGCGGCCGCUGUAUGCAGGACGAUGCCAGUACUACUCCAAGAGCACCACGCCACCAGAGGCAGUCUGUCACCCACAACGCCGUGCACCAUGCACACCGAAAAUAAAAACCAACACCUGCUUCUGCUGUGACCUGUACAACUGUGGAAACAGAGUAGAGAUUUCUGGAGGAUACUAUGAAUACAUUGAUGUCAGCAGCUGCCAGGACAUCAUCCACCUUUACCACUUGCUUUGGUCAGCAACAAUUUUGAACAUAGUGGGACUAUUCCUGGGGAUCAUUACAGCAGCGAUACUUGGAGGCUUUAAAGACAUGACUCCUUCCCUCCCUACGCUGAACUGCACGGUUGAAAAUGCACAUCCUACAGUGUCCUAUUACUCAAGGCCACAAGUGACAUCUUACAACACCUACUACCACAGCACUCCUCACCUGCCUCCCUACUCUGCGUAUGACUUUCAGCAUUCCAGCGUGUUCCCGGCCUCCACUCCGUCCGGCCUCUCGGACGACCCGCAGUCCGUGUCCCCAUCUCCCAGCUACAUGUGGUCCUCCAACGCUCCUCCUCGGUACUCGCCACCGUAUUUUCCACCUUUUGAAAAGCCACCACCUUACACACCGUAAAGAACGGGGGAAAGAAGAAAGAAAUACUUGCCAUUGAAAUGAUUGUGAACAUUUUGUAUUUAUAUCUUACUGUGGGAGGAAGUGGGGGGAUAGAUACAGAAGAUAAUUGCAAACACGAAUACUUGAUUGGACGGUUCGUUCUUGGGAGACUUAUUUCAGAGGUUUAACAGUGGGGUGCGAGGAAGGGGAUGUACUGCUGAUGUUUUGCAGGGGACCUAAAUUCCAGCCUCCUCGUUUUACAGUGAGGGUCAUGGAGUCCUUGGUUUUUAAUAAAGCGAUACAACGCAGACGAUAGAUUCUGGUCUGCCUUACUCCAUCUUGAGCCAAGCUGAAGUAAGGGUAGCCAGGAUCCACAGCUGCCCAGGAGUAUCAUUCUGCUCGAGGUGAGGGUGCCUGCAGGUAGCUCAGCCUGAUGCUUGUUUUGUUUGGCCUUUGGCCACCAGUUUGGGGGAUUUUGUGGGGCUGCAGAGCUUGGCUCACGUCACUUGGUGGCUACAGUCUACGGGAUGGAAGCCCUAGUGAGGAGCCAGGACAGUGUCUUUAACACUAAAACUAAUAAAUAGAGGUAACUUCAUAGGGUGUUUUCUUAUGCGUCUAGCAGAACAACUGGAAUCUUUAUUUAUUUAUUAGGGGAAAAGCUUUAAUAAGCUCUAUUAGCUGAUUUAUUUUGGGAGGUUUCUUAAGAUAAAAGGUGAAAUGCAGUCAUCUGUCUUCCGAAUUCUAUGUCACGAUGCUGAAGUCAAACAGUCUGAGUGGCUGCGCUGCCUAAAUCUUCAGAAACUGCCCAUGAGUCACUGAAACAGUGCAGUGGAAACACUUUCUUUUUUCCUUCUGCUUGGUUAGGAUUUUGUUUUAAGCUUGUACUUUUAACUUUUUUAACGGGUUGAAUCAGCACCCUGAAUAAGCAGUGUCUUAGUAGCUGUGUUACGGGCUGCACAUACAGAAUUUCCACUAUUAGUUCUCCAAGAUGUAAGUCUCACAUGGAUAAAAUUCAACACCGUGUAAUAUAGGAUGAAGCUGAUAGGAAUUUGCAAUUAUCGUUGUGACUUUCAUUUCAUCUUCAGCUGAUGACUGUGCUGAUUGAUCUAGAUUCCAACAGAUUUUGCAUGCGUCCUGCAUAACAAAAGGAGGUCGGCUUUGUUACAUGACACAGUGUCCUAUAAAGUGUGGUUCUACUCCAGGAAGUGACCUCAGAUGACGGCUUUUAGAUCUGAGCUGCUCAGCCUGAGCGUUCCCAACUGCUCACUUCAGAGAGAAAAAAUAAGGUAUUGACAUUGUAUUCCAUAUUUCCUAAAGGUGGACUUUCCUUUGCGUCAGAUUGCUGGCCCUAGUCCCACAUUGCCUGCAUUUACAUUCAGCUGUGGUGCAGACAAGAAGGUACCCAACAGCUCAAUCUGGCGUGCAGAACAUAAAACUGCUCCACGUGCCAGGGAAAAAAUCAACAGCUACAUAUUAAGCUGUGGCCUCUCUCUACUUCUAAUCUAAAAAAAAACCAAAUGGUGACAAAAUGGAAAAUGAACACUGAAGUCCCUGAGCUCGCUUUUCCAAGUACACCACGCUUUUUAAUGCUGUUUUCAAUACUAUGCAUUUGCAAAGCCUUCAGGCUGGGCUGCACGUUAACCUUCUCAUUCCACUGCCCGCCGCUGGUCAGUAUGCUCACCAGCUCAAGGAUGGCACUGUUUCUCCAGAAGCAAACGUAGCUUUUUUCCAGCAACAAGAGAAAAGCAGCAGCUGGGGAAAGGAGUACGAUGGUGGGAUUGAAAGCAGUAGUGUGUGCAGAACACGUCCUGGUGACGUUGUUUUACUGCGGAUAGUUCAAGUGCAGCUCUUGGAAAUCUGCUUACUGAGAACAACAUUGUAGAGCUUCAUCCAUUUCAUAUUACAUAUUUCUGAAUGAAAUCUUGUUAAAGAGAUUGUGUGCGAUUUCAAAACUCCCCACAAACCUGGAAUGUGAAGGCCACGUUUGUUUAAAUCAGAAAAUUUGGUAUUGCUGCGUCUUUGCAAGGGGAGGUCCCAGCACUGCCCCGCUACCAGCACACACACAGACACACAGACAGAGACACACAGACACAUACACACCCACCAUGUGUGCCUGUCUGCUGAGCAGGGCUCAGGGCUGGGGCACCGCAGGGCAGGACAAAGGCAGUUCUGGAGGGGAAGAGAACUUAGUGGCAGAGAAGCGGUAAGGAAACGAUGGUGUCAUCGGGUUUGGCUUGACAGAAACACGAAACUUAGGAAAUGAUCGAUCAGAAUUCUUGUUUUCUAAGGAAUAUUUAAGCAAAAAUUACAUUGCUGCUUUACGUUCACCAUAAUACGAUAAGGCUGUUGUCACAUUUAAAGAAUUACCUGUUUGAUUUCUCUGUUGGAUUACGCGUUUCCUUCUGCUCGAGUAAAAGUGUGUGUUCAUGUGAAUGCAGCAUCCUGCACUGUGGUCAUCACUUCUUAUGGGAAUGUAGAACUGUGACCCAUCUGUACCCUUUUAUUACUUUACCGAGGUCAAAUAAAACGGUGUGACUUUUGUACGCA